AUGCUUUUUGGGGGACGUCUGUCUGAGUGUAUCGGUUCACUCUUGCCCCAUUGCCGGUCGAUCCGUUCCGCGGGGAUUUCGACUCAUACCCUUCCAAUUGAGGGACUCUGGAGCACCAGCGCCCUGGCUCCCCGAUCCAUACUUAACUACUCGAGCCUUGCCCUGCCGCUCCCAACCGAGACUGCGCACACCUAUAAGUCACAAUGGCAGACCCAGAACCAUUGUCUGAUGGGCGGGCAGACUCUAAUGGUGUCUAUGAUGCGAUCUGUCAAAGGACUAAUCCCAACCAAAGCACACCUGAAGCAGUUCUUUGCCUACGUGCACCUUCUUUUUUCUUUGGAUUACACCAUAUUCGACGUAUUUCUCAUUGUAUGCGGCGUGAUAUUCGGGAUAGCUGGAGGAAUCCCCUUCCCUCUGCUUGGGAUUGUAUUUGGUAAUCUGAUCAACAACCUCAAUUCGACAACUUGUUCCGCUUCAGACAAUGCUUCGUCAAAUUUGUCGUCCAGUGUACGCACCGAGGUUCUCUAUGUGAUUUACAUCACCAUAGCGAACUUCUUCAUCAUCUAUAUCUACACGUCAUGUUGGUGCCUGGUGAGCGAACGUCUGGCGCGCCGCUAUCGCAGGCGAUACUUUGAAAGUAUCAUUAGGCAGGACAUGAAUUUCAUCGAGUCUCUUCCUUCGGGCGAUGUGAUCUCCCGGUUGGUCAGUGACAUUGAGACAGUGCAAAUGGGGACCUCGGAGAAGGUGGGCCUGGUGAUCUCCACUGUUUCAUACUUUGUGACCGCCUAUAUCGUGGCUUUCAUUAAGGCGCCAAAGAUUGCGGGCAUGCUGGUUUCAGUGGUGCCUUGCUUUCUCCUCAUGUCCCUGGUAGGAGGUCACUUCAUCAAAAAAUAUGCGAGCCGGAUUACAGCCAAUAUCAAUGCGGCUACAUCGAUUGCCUCGUCCAGUCUAUCGCAUUUGACCCUGGUUCAUGCUUUCAAUGCCAACGACCGCUUGGAGCAGCGAUUUGCCACUUAUCUCUCCAGGUCAUCGAUGGAUGCACUCAAAAAGGCAGGUACGCAUGCUACGCAACUUGGAUUCUUGUACUUUGUGGCAUACUCAGCCAACGCCUUGGCUUUCUGGGAGGGUUCCCAGAUGAUUUCCAGCUCGGUUGCCCACGAUAACUCAGGUAUUUCUGUGGGUGCUGUAUACACUGUCAUUUUCGUUCUCAUCGAUGCUUCCUUCAUCUUAAGUCAAGUUGCCCCCUUUAUCCAUGUCUUUGCGUCCGCAGCCGGUGCCUCGGAGCGACUUCUAGCCGUGAUCAAUCGUCGUUCUGCCAUUGAUGGAACCGCAGACGAAGGUGAUAAGAAGACUGCCUUCGGAGAGGAGAACAUUGAGUUUCAUGAUGUUCAAUUUUCGUACCCGGCUCGACCAGACGUUCCAGUACUCCGGGGAAUGAGUUUUGUCAUUCCUCCUAGGAAGCAUACCGCCAUUGUUGGACCCUCCGGCGGUGGAAAGUCAACCGUGGUUUCUCUCCUAGAACGGUUCUAUGACCCUGCAUCAGGCGAUGUGACCAUCGGAGGGAAGAGUUUCCGAAAUAUCAAUGUUCGACAUUUGCGAGGCAAUAUUGGUUUCGUUCAACAAGAACCGGCUUUAUUGGAUCGAACAAUUCUGGAGAAUAUUGCGUACGGCCUGGUGUCCUCAUCCUCAGAGAAGCAUCAACGGCUCGCCCCUUGUGUGGCCGAGAUUUUAGAACUCGUCAGGGAGGCAGCCGCCAGCGCUAAUGCGUUGAACUUCAUUGAUGCUUUGCCUCACGGAUUCGCAACCCUCGUUGGAACAGCAGGAAAUCAGCUGAGUGGAGGUCAGAAGCAGCGAAUUGCCCUUGCUCGUGCUCUUGUGCGAGAACCGUGUUUACUCAUUCUCGAUGAGGCUACGGCUGCCUUGGAUUCCACCAGCGAACAACUUAUCCAGGCUGCACUGGCCAAAGUCUCCGAAACGGUAACCACGGUUUCGAUCGCACAUCGACUAGCCACUGCCAAAAAUGCACACAAGAUUGUUGUCGUACAGACUGGACGUGUCACAGAGGAAGGAUCUCAUGCGGAGCUCGUGGCGCAGGGCGGCGUGUACGCAGAAAUGGUACGGCUGCAAAACCUGGGUAAAUUGAGUAUUGAAGAUCUGAAGAGCCCUCACGAUAUGAUCACCACGAGCAGUCUUCAUGAGAGUGUGCAGCCGGCAGACGAAAAGGAACCCUUGGUAGGCAUUGGGGGCUCAGACAUCACUGAAGACACGGUGGUUGGUGAGGUGUCCCCUGGUUUCAAAAAUGGUGAUGGGAGCAAAGACAAGAAGAGAAGCCGUUCGGGCUGGUUCACCAUUAAGUAUACGUUCUCGCUAGUGCGGGCCAACCUGCCGUUGAUUUGCCUCGGCCUCUGUAUGUCCGUCAUCAUUGGAGGUAGCUACUCGGCCGAGGCGAUCGUCUUUGGCCACACAGUUGGUAGUCUGAGCCCCUGCAGAUCUUCUGAUGCCAUCAGUGACAGUGGCAACCUUUAUGGGUUGCUGUUUUUCAUCCUUGCCCUGGUUGAGCUUACGGCAAAUGUGGUGGGCGGCUGCGCCUUUGGCUGGGCAGCGGAUAAGAUCCUGUAUCGGCUCCGAGUGCUAUCGCUACGAUCGCUGCUUAGCCAGACCAUACAAUGGCAUGGUAUGGAGGACCGGACACCAGGAACUUUGAUCACAUAUAUUACUGGGGAUGCUGCUUCGCUGAGUGGCAUUACCGGAUCAACUAUCGGUCUCCUCCUUGCUACAGCCGUCAACCUGGUAGCCGGGUUGGUGAUAUCGUUUGCCAUCGCGUGGAAAAUCACUAUUGUCUUAUUUCCGACCAUACCCGUCCUACUUAUAGCAGGCAUGAUGAAGCUCCGUGUCCAAGCCAAGUUUACCGAGCGGCAUCAGAAGGCAUUUGCCAAGGCAACGGCCAUCACAGUCGAGGCCGUCGAUAACAUUCGUGCUGUUGCAGCAUUCUCCCUCGAGAAGCAAUCUCAGGAAGUGUUCGUUCGAGCCCUGCGCCGUCCCUACCGGGACACAAUGAAGGCUAUUGCACACGGCAACGCCUGGUUGGCAUUGGCGUUUAGCAUUAGCAACUUGGUGUAUGCCCUCGCAUAUUGGUGGGGAUCGAGGCAGGUGGCAUCGGGGCUCUACUCCCAGACUCAGUUCUUUAUUGUCCUCCCUUGCCUGCUAUUCAGUACGCAGUCUUGUGGUCAAAUGUUUGCUCUGGCGCCAGAUAUCUCCAAGGCCCGUCUGGCGUCGUCCAACAUUGUUGAUCUGCUCACUACCCGCUCUGCGGAGGAGGAGCUGACUCCGGAGAAGCCCCGUACGGGUGUGCGCCAGACGAAUGGCAACGGUAUCGGCGCCCAGCUUCGUGGGGUGCACUUCACCUACCCCAAUCGGCCUGAACGUCCAAUCUUACGAGGACUUAACCUGGACAUCAAGCCCGGUCAGUUCUGUGCGCUGGUCGGACCUAGCGGAUCGGGCAAAUCGACGACCUUUGCCAUGCUGGAGCGAUUUUACCGUCCUGCAGCCGGGUCGGUGAUCAUCGACGGAGUUGACGUGACUCGGCAACUAGGCACUGAGUUUCGGGAUGAUAUCGCAUUGGUGCCGCAAGAGAAUGUUCUGUUCGAAGGCACGGUCGCGUUCAACAUUGGCCUGGGUGCUUGCCCUGGGCAUGAACCAACACAAGAAGAGAUCGAAGCAGCGUGUCGCAUGGCGCACAUCCACGACGUGAUCAUGGCCCUGCCGGACGGGUACCAGACGAUGUGCAGCCACGACGGCAAGCAAUUCUCAGGCGGUCAGCGCCAGCGCCUGUCAAUUGCACGCGCGCUGGUGCGCAAGCCACGGCUGCUGCUGCUGGACGAGUCGACGAGCGCACUGGAUGUGGAGUCGGAGAAGAAGAUCCAAGAAGCCCUGACAACACUAGCGGGCCGCACGACCAUUGUCGCGAUCGCGCAUCGACUGAACACGAUCCACCGUGCGGAUCAGAUCUAUCUGAUUGAGGAGGGCCGCUGUGCGGAGCAAGGAACCCAUCAGGAGCUGAUCCAGCGCAGUGAGACGUAUCGAACGAGUGUGAUCCACCAGUCGCUGGAGACCUAA